AUGGCCACUUAUCUCGUAACAUGCGCAACGGGCAAGCAGGGUGCGGCAACUGUGAAGCAUCUUCUCGCGGCUGGCGCAAAGGUCCAUGCGGUCGUUCGAGACCCGGAGAAGGACACGGCCCAAGCCCUCAAGAAGCAGGGCGUGGUUCUUUUCCAAGGGGACAAUGAGAACUACGACGUUUUUCGCGAAGCAGCCAAGGGGUGCAAGGGUCUAUUCCUUGUGCCGCUUCCUUUUAACAAGGAGGCGGAGGUGCGCCAGGCUCGCGUGGUUGUGCAAGCGAGCAUCGAGGCCGGCGUCGAGACUGUUGUAGUAUCGACUGCUUUCUGGACCGGCGACCGAGAGAAGUGGGACGACGAAGAAAACAAGAAGGAGGGCUUAGCCGUGUACUACGAGUCCAAGGCUGCUGUCGAGUCGGAGGUACGGCAGCCAUCGCUGAAGUCGUGGACGAUCCUCCGCCCGGGUUGGUUUCACACCAACUAUCUCCUACCUGAAACGGAUCUUUACUAUCCCGGUAUGAGGGAGAAGGGCGAACUUAUGCACUCGCUGAACGAGGGCGUUGCGAUUGCUCACAUCGACGUGGACGACAUUGGCAAGUUCGCUGCUGCAGCCCUGCUGGACCCCGAGAAAUUCGGAGGCCACGAGAUCGAGCUUGGCUGCCAGAACCUGACGCCUGAAGAUACGGCGAAGGCUCUCAGUAAGGCCAGCGGCCGGGAGGUCAAGGCUAGGAAGCGGACUCCAGAGGAGGUUGUCGAGGCGGCCAAGAAGGUCGGCGUGCAGAGGUUUCAACUGUGGGCGAAUCGGCAAUUCCUCGAAUUGGACGGACAAGCCCUUCAGGACAAGUAUGGCAUCCGAUUGACUACGUUUGAGGAAUAUCUUGAAAGAGAAAAGGACGUAGUGCUAGCCACGCUGUCUCCCACCACUCGUGACCAGUAA